GGGCUCUCUGGCCUUCUAGUCCCUGCCGACUUCAGCUGGCCAAUGUUGCCCGCGUGCGCACUGCUGCUUCCGGGCAUGGAAUUUCUUGACUGCCAACCCUUCCCUCUCUUCUCUCCUUUCUUUCCCUCCAUCCGCCGCCUCCAUUCGCUUCCUGCCACCUCUCACUCUGUUUCUUCAUGGAAGGCCAACAUGAGCGACGAGCUGGUGGGUCUUUCGAGGUGAUGGACUGCCUGUUUGCAUAACGCGACGCUUGUUCCCCUCUUUUCCUUCUGCUUCCAACGCAAUCCAAUCGAAUCCAAUCCGACAGAAGCCAGACUCUAGCCGACCGACACACUUCCCUACUUCAUCAACCGGCCUACCCCUAGGCGCCUCUCUGUCUAUCGAUCCGUCUCACCUGGAGAUUCGGCCGCAUUACAGCGGCUGCUUGGUAGCUGCUGUGCUCAUCAAAUCCAGAGACUGCAGACGACGGGUCGCGUCUCAGGUCAAUCACCAUCAAACGCUGGGCUGUCUCUUGUCGGACGUCCACAUCACUUGCAUUCUGAACGGUCGGAGCGCCAGAGCCCGACUUGUGGGCUUUCCUCAAAUAGACACGAUGCCGAUCGGCGAUCUGCUUGCUUCGAUAACCGGCGAGAAGCCGAAGUCCGCGCCCGCCCCAGCCAAAACUAGCUUGCCUCUGAAGCGAAAGGCUGAAGACGAUGAUGCUAGGAAUCGCGUACAAAAGCUGCAACGCACCACGUCUGGCGCAGAUGGUCGUUCACUUCCCGCCCCCCUAAAGGGCGAUGUGACAGCUCCGUCUUCUGCGAAACAUUCUACCAGACCAACAUCUGAUUCGGCUAGAUUGAACUUGGGCAAUGGGACGACAAGACCGGUGGCAUCCCAGCCACUCCGAUCUCGACUGGCACCAUCUACGGGACCGAGAGUAAGCUCUCAGCAGACCCCCGACAGUGUUGCCACGGUUAAGUCGGCUCCCAAAAAGGGAUCAUUCGCCGAGAUCAUGGCCCGCGCGGUGAAGGCACAACAAAGUAUGGGCCAGGUGGGCAAGAUCCAACACAAGCCACUCGACAAAGUACCACCGAAACGGGGUGACCGCCCCGACAGCAAAGCGGAUGGCUCACGCGACCCCAGGCGCAAGAGCAAGGGUCAAACCGCGCUCAGUGCACAUAGCCAGCGAGGUGGCAUGAAUGGCUCUGCUGCUAAGAAUGGUGAUCGAAACACGGACAGGAGGCGUAGCCCUGGGCCUCCGGCAUCCAGGACUGGAGCCAGUGACAAGAAGGAGGCUGCCCCAGCUGUGGAAGUCAAGAAGGUCAAGAAGGCCGCCGUCGCCACAACGGGCUAUCAAGGUACCGCAAGGCCGCCUCCCGGCGCAUCAUCCAAGCGAGGAACCGGGGCUACUGUACCGGCCAGUGGGAGCGCCAGACACAGUGCUGAUCAACGCCGACAUGUUCCCUUCGGCGGAGCGAGAAGCCGCAGUCGCCGCCACGAUGAAUAUGAGGAAAUGGAUGACUUCAUCGACGACGAUGAGGACGAUCCCGAGGAGCCAGGAUACCGGUCAAACCAAUAUAGAUACGCUUCGGAGGAAGAUGAGUCAGACAUGGAGGCGGGUCUAUCUGACAUCGACGAGGAGGAGCGCGAGGCCGAAAUUCUUGGCCGUCGCGAGGAUCGCGAGCAGGAAGCACUGGAGCAGAAGCUCAAGCGAGAGAAGGAGGAGCGGAAACGCCGUUUUAUGCAAGCCGCCGCCGCAAAGCGGCGGUGAGCCGAGUCGUUAUGCAAUCCGACCAUUCCUUUCAGGCUCAUACAGGACCAGGUUCAGCCACAGUCGUCCGUUGGUCCAGUCUUUCCCUCCACCUGCAUCCACAUGGUCACCGUGACCUUUGGCCGUCCAGAUCCUAAUUUCAUUUUGCUUUACAUCGGUUCCUCUGGUUUAAUAGCGUUGGCCUUUCGCCACAGGCCUAAGGUCCUACUUUCAUCAUGACUGAGGCUUUGCUGUUGACUGUCGCCAUUCACGCGAUCACUUGCUACGUUUGGUCUACUUGCGAUAUAUUUUUCGGGGAGUUGAUUGGUAGCAUAAGCGAUUGGUGUUGCACAUGGUUUUACACCCUGUGGCCGCUUCAAAAUCAACAUGUUUUAAUCUCCUCAAUUUUUUGUUCAUGGUGUUAGCCCACUGAGAAAAUGAACUAUAUGGCCCAAGGUCACGUCUUUCAGUGUAAAUAGCAUAUAGUACGAGAUACAUGGGCGCCCCAAGGGCAUCUCGGAUUUCUUAGAACUUGCCAGAUGAUUCGCAUGUGGCAAACUGAAUCUGUCGUGUGGAAAAACCAACACCGUCGUGAUAACUAGACAACCCGAGAAGGCACCAGAAAUACUUUGGCCAAUCAUUUCCUUAAAACGACUGGCUUUCUGCGGCGGG